CCCUUCAUUCUGUGCCCUCCUGAGCUCUCUUCCUCACUGUCCAUCUUUAGGGUACUAAAGUCCCUACCUCCUCAGUGCAGACAUAGUACUAAUGGCACAGCUAAAGCCCGUCGCAACCGGACUCUUGCUCCUCAACCUCUGCAUGUACAUCAUAGUGGCAUCAAUCGGAGGUUGGGCCCUCAAUAAAGCAGUCGACCACGGCUUCCUUAUCGGCCCUGACCUUGUCCUUCCAGCUCAUUUUGCUCCCAUUUACUUUCCAAUGGGGAAUGCCGCCACUGGCUUCUUUGUGGUGUUUGCCUUGAUUGCCUCAGUUGUAGGUGGUGCAUCAGCCAUUGCUGGUGUUCACCACAUUAGGACAUGGGAUGCUGACAGCUUACCUUCCGCGGCAUCAGUUGCUACUGUUGCUUGGACUCUUACUCUCCUUGCUAUGGGCUUGGCUUUUAAAGAGAUUGAGAAAAACAACAGGAACAUACGCUUGAGAACAAUGGAAGCAUUCUUAAUUAUCCUUUCAGCAACACAGCUUUUCUAUAUUUUCGCUAUUCAUGGAGCCUCAACUAUCAGGAGGAGGCUUUGAGAGUUGAUUUGUGUGGAAAAUGUGCUAUUUGCAGUCAUUUUAUUUUUCAUUUUUUUCUCUGCAGAUUGUUGUGUGGUCAUGUUUGAUUGGAUUUGUUGUCACCAAUAAAGGAAAUUAAUGUAAAGAGAGCAUUUUGAGUCAUUCCUCAGUUAUUUAUGGAAGUUCAGAUGGUGUACAUUUAUAUCAACAUAUAAUGUUUUUCAUGGCUCAA